AUGGGGGACACUUUUAAAAAUACCAUAGAGAAUGUAGCCUGGGGUUUUAAAGACUGUGUGUUUGGAAUGGUAACAUGUUACAGAUUGGACACAGAAUUCAACCAGGCUGCAGAGUCUCAGAGGCCUGCCCCAGAGCCCAUGACAACUCUUGCCAAAAGACGAGCAGAGCGUUUGAAACACACAGAAGUGUUCAGUAUACAAGUAUUUUAUUAUGCUGUAUUGCCCUGUAUAUUAUAUUAUGUAUUAUUUCAGUUCAGUAUACAAUUCAGUAUACAAGUAUUUUAUUAUGUCGUAUUGCCCUGUAUAUUUUGGAUGAUAGAUUCUAUAUCAGGUUUGUCUGGUGCCAGUGAAACUAAAGGAUCCUGGUUGGCUGUGAUUUUAUCUUUUACGUUUGAUGCGUUGUGGAUUCUUCCAUUGUUUGUUCUGUCUAAAAUACUUAACUGUUUCUGGUUUCAGGAUAUAGCAGAUGCUGUGUAUGUAAAACGUCAUGGUAAACCUCAACUACCAAAUAUAUCAACUUUCGUAGCUGAUAUGUCUUUUAGUUUGUUUUUACAAGCUUUAUUUUUAAUUCAGGCCAUGUUAAUCAAGUUACUACCUAUCUAUGGAGUUGGUCAGAUUAUCAGUCUAAUACACAUGUGUUUAUUGUAUUCUCUGUAUGCGUUUGAAUAUAAAUGGUUCAAUAAAGGUGUCGAGGUUCAUACGAGAUUAUCUCUAAUUGAGAGAAACUGGGCGUAUUUUACUGGCUUUGGGUUACCACUGGCUGUAUUGACUACUUACGUUUCUUCCUCUAUGAUUGUCAGUGGUUAUAUAUUUUCUAUCCUGUUUCCAUUAGUUAUAAUCAGUGCCAACGAGGCUGUAGAACCAACGGUACCAUUUGAUUUUCCGUUGAAGUUAUUCGCUCCAGUUGUGUCCAUCUCUAACAGUGUGUUUAAUCGUUCAUUCAGUAAACGGGUUCGUAAUACAUCUGGUCAACAUUCAUCAUAG